AUGCAAAGCUACAAUGAUAGGUCAGGAGGAUGCAAAGCUACCAAUGAUAGGUCAGGAGGAUGCAAAGCUACCAAUCAUAGGUCAGGAGGAUGCAAAGCUACAAUGAUAGGUCAGGAGGAUGCAAAGCUACCAAUGAUAGGUCAGGAGGAUGCAAAGCUACUAAUGAUAGGUCAGGAGGAUGCAAAGCUACUAAUGAUAGGUCAGGAGGAUGCAAAGCUACCAAUGAUAGGCCUGGAUGAUGCAAAGCUACCAAUGAUAGGCCUGGAUGAUGCAAAUCUACCAAUGAUAGGUCAGGAGGAUGCAAAGCUACCAAUGAUAGGCCAUGAUGAUGCAAAGCUACCAAUGAUAGGUCAGAAGGAUGCAAAGCUACUAAUGAUAGGUCAGAAGGAUGCAAAAAUACCAAUGAUAGGUCAGAAGGAUGCAAAGCUACUCAUAAUAGGCCAGGAGGAUGCAAAGCUACUCAUAAUAGGCCAGGAGGAUGCAAAGAUACCAAUGAUAGGCAAAGAUGAUGCAAAGCUACCAAUGAUAGAUCAGGAGGAUGCAAAGCUACCAAUGAGAGGCCUGGAUGAUGCAAAGCUACCAAUGAUAGGUCAGAAGGAUGCAAAGCUACCAAUGAUAGGCAAAGAUGAUGCAAAGCUACCAAUGAUAGGUCAGGAGGAUGCAAAGCUACCAAUGAGAGGCCUGGAUGAUGCAAAGCUACCAAUGAUAGCUGAUGCAAAGCUACCAAUGAUAGGUCAGGAGGAUGCAAAGCUACCAAUGAUAGGCCAUGAUGAUGCAAAGAUACCAAUGAUAGGUCAGGAGGAUGCAAAGCUACCAAUUAUAGGCCUGGAUGAUGCAAAGCUACCAAUGAUAGGUCAGGAGAAUGCAAAGCAACCAAUGAUAUGUCAGGAGGAUGCAAAGCUACCAAUGAUAGGCCAGGAGGAUGCAAAGCUACCAAUGAUAGGCCAGGAGGAUGCAAAGCUACCAAUGAUAGGCCAGGAGGAUGCAAAGCUACCAAUGAGAGGCCUGGAUGAUGCAAAGCUACCAAUGAGAGCUGAUGCAAAGCUACCAAUGAUAGGUCAGGAGGAUGCAAAGCUACCAAUGAUAGGCCAUGAUGAUGCAAAGAUACCAAUGAUAGGUCAGGAGGAUGCAAAGCUACCAAUGAUAGGCCAUGAUGAUGCAAAGCUACCAAUGAUAGGUCAGAAGGAUGCAAAGCUACUAAUGAUAGGUCAGAAGGAUGCAAAAAUACCAAUGAUAGGUCAGAAGGAUGCAAAGCUACUCAUAAUAGGCCAGGAGGAUGCAAAGAUACCAAUGAUAGGCAAAGAUGAUGCAAAGCUACCAAUGAUAGAUCAGGAGGAUGCAAAGCUACCAAUGAUAGGCAAAGAUGAUGCAAAGCUACCAAUGAUAGGUCAGGAGGAUGCAAAGCUACCAAUGAGAGGCCUGGAUGAUGCAAAGCUACCAAUGAUAGCUGAUGCAAAGCUACCAAUGAUAGGUCAGGAGGAUGCAAAGCUACCAAUGAUAGGCCAUGAUGAUGCAAAGAUACCAAUGAUAGGUCAGGAGGAUGCAAAGCUACCAAUUAUAGGCCUGGAUGAUGCAAAGCUACCAAUGAUAGGUCAGGAGAAUGCAAAGCAACCAAUGAUAUGUCAGGAGGAUGCAAAGCUACCAAUGAUAGGUCAGGAGGAUGCAAAGCUACCAAUGAUAGGCCUGGAGGAUGCAAAGCUACCGAUUAUAGGUCAGGAGGAUGCAAAGCUACAAUGA